GCGGGAAACCCAUCAGCUUCCAUAACUUGGCGGGAAAAUGUGCAUCUACUAAGAACCAGGGUCCGAGGGAAUCCAGCAGCAACUGCCAUUUUCAUUCAACCCUAAACUCUCUUUCCUUUGAAUACACAAUCAACAAUGGUGGGAUUACCUUACGAUUGCCUAGCGAAUCCACUGGGAGCCGUCCGAUUGACAUUUGAAAAGGCGGUAGCUUCAGGCUCUGAUCCAGCCACAUUCGAAGGCAAAGACUGGGGCGCCACUGAUCUUUUCAGACAGUUCCUCUUUGAUGAUGGUGGCCUGUCACAGGUACCAUUUCUGAAUCCUUCUACUAUGACAUGGGUGCAACCUAACACUCUCGUUCGAUUUUGGGGUAUGAUACAAGAUAUGCUGGGUAAUGAAUUCUAUGUUGGAGCAUAUAAGGAGGGAGAAACUUGGAGAACGAACAAGUUUGCUGACUUUUCUCAAUUCCCUAUGGCUGUGGAUUCUUCACCUGACAUGCGAGUGUGGGAGCGGCGUUUACUUUACUGUGUUCCUGUUCCAGGGCAGAAUUCAUGGAUUGAACAUUCUUCUGAAUCCUUGUUCAAUCCGAGCUCCAUUUCUUCACCUCUGCAAAGGGAGAAGCGCCACAGGGAGGAUGAUACAGCAAUAAAUGACAUUGAUAUGCAAGUCACAGAUGAGGAGGUUCAUGCCUGCACAUCCAACAAAAAGAUGCGUGAGGGUGGAAUCGCUUCCAAUUCAUCAAAUACAGGGGACACUCUAAAUGAGGACAUUGACUCCUCUACGAGUGUGCUUCCAUAUUUUGAUAGAACUUCUUUUCCCUGUCUUGUGAAGAUAUAUGAUUCUCCUGAAUCUAAUUUGAAGCUAAAUGAUGUUUUUGAGUUCAUUGGUGUCUUCACAUUUGAUCCGGAGUUUCCAGUAGACAAAAAUGAUACCAAUGAUUUGGAGAGCAGUUUGUGUGAUGAUACACUGACUCAGAUGCCUCCAAGCAGGGUACCUCGACUCCAUUGCCUUGUUCACAGGAAGCUUGCCACUCAAGACUUUAUUUCAGGUUCACCCACAUUCGAGCUUAAAUCCCACCUGGUGAAAUCAAUAAGGGAAGCUCUAUUAGGGCAUCUGACGUCUAUCCUAGGAAAUGAUGGUGUUGCAGCUAAUUUAAUGUUACUGCAUAUGUUGUCUAAGGUGCAUGCUAGAGUGGAUUCAAUAGCUGUUGGAAAGCUCUCCUUGAACCUAACAUGUUUUAACAAGGAAACUCUGUCUGUUUUUGGUCAUCGUCUUAAUCUUGCACUCAAGAACCUUCUACCGUUCACACAUUGUAUACCUUUAUCAGUGGAUUACCUUAACAAAGUUUCUCUUGUCCCCAAAAAAGAUUAUCAAACUAACAGGCUGGCUUCAGGGAUACUGCAGCUUGCUGAAGGCUCUCAUUUAACUAUUGAUGAGACACAAUUACAAGCAGGGACACUUAAUUCUACUGGGGUUGAGAAUGCAAGAGUCCUGAGAAACUUGUUGGAAUUGCAAAAGGUUGAAUAUGACUUCACUUAUUAUAAGAUGGACAUGCCCGCAGACAUUCAGUUGCUUGUUCUUUCUGAGGGAAAAUCCAAUAUACUACCAGCAGAUUUGGUUUUACCUUUAUGUCCAGUGUCAGUAGAUGCUGCUCAAGAUGUUGAGACAGAAGUUCUGCGAUCCUGGAGAUGGUACCUGGCUACUAUGAGAUCAUUGUCACACACUAUUGAGAAAGAGAUGCAGAAGGUGUUAGAAGAUGACUUAGUAGCUGCGAGGCAAGCAGAUAGAAGCUUAAGUAGCCUAGAUUUUAGCAGGUUGCUGACAAUGGGUCGUCUUGUAUCUUUAAGUUUUGGUGAAACCUCUCUAACACUUGAACAUUGGAAGAUGGCUAAUGAAUUAGAGCGCCUCCGGAAGGAGCGAUUACAGGGCAGUCUGUAAAGCAGUUUCUUUACUAUGUAUAAAAUGUUGUGCCUAUUCCUACAAGUUCUGUUGGUCGAGUGGACUGUUGUUCUGCUUUGAAUUUCUCUAAUUAAGGACAUGUUAUAUACUCUUAUCAAUAUAAAUUUUCUGUUUUUAGUGGUAA